AUGCUCUCAACCAGUAGAGAAAAAUGCCUGCUAAUGAUCCUGCUGAGUCUGCUAAUCCUCCUUGUCAACUUUCUCGUGUGGAUCCUCCUCCAACCUCAAGUUCAACUAACAUUAUCUUUUGCGGACAAUUCACCUGUCAGUGCGAUUCAACUUGAUGACAGCCAAGGAUUUGAAUCCAAUCGACCAGAUGACGGCGACGCCCAUACACUCCCAGUCUCAACGAGCACCACCAAUGUGGAAAACAACAACAAUAAUGGUCUCUUGAACAGUAAUGUCAUCUACAAUAAUCUACUCGCAGAGGCUCCCUGGGCCGAGAGCCAUGGUGCUGACCAUCAGCACUAUUUGGGUGCAGGGCUUCUCUACUACAGCUUUGCUUACGCUUUCCAGAGCGCAACGAUCGUUGUGUUGGGCAGUGGUGGAGGCUUUGUGCCUCGAGUCCUUCGACAAGCACAACGGGAUCUAGAACAGGCGGGGGUUUUGGGUAGCAAAAAGUAUCAAGUCAUUCUCAUUGAUGCUCACUUGCCAGAAGCCGGAUUUGGUUCGACGUUCUACGCAGAAAACAAGGAUACCGUCAUGAGACAACAAUUCAGUGAUAUCCGCUUCAUCUUUCAAAAAACCGAUGAUGCUUUCUUGAAACUGAAAAAGGAAGGAGUACAGAUUGAUUAUCUACACGUUGACGCCGACCACACAGCCGAACAAAGCUGGAGAGAUUUUGAAAACUUUAGCACCCUCCUUCAGAAACGUGCCGUAGUUAGCUUUCAUGAUACCUGUCGGUCAAAGAAACGCAACUGCAAUACAGGUGUGCCACAGGCAUUGGAUAAACUGCGACUCCUAAUGCCUAGCUAUGGACUACAGCUCAUAGAUGCCCACUAUUUGUACCGGGGCAUAGCCUUUGCUAUUCCUACGGAUGCUCCUGCCUUGGAACCUUCCCGGGAACACAAGUACAACUUUUGUCAACACAAUGCUGCCGUCUUGAACAAGGAAAGUCCAGGAUUUACACUCAACCGACACGUUGGGAAACUUGCAACACUGGGGGAUUUUUAUCAAUGUCAGAGUCGUUUUGAUUUAGAAACUAUUGCAAAGGCCAACCCGAGUUGCCCAUUCGGCUGGAGACAGAGUGAAGUUGGCAGUGCUUGUAAUACCUGCAUUCCGGGCAUGACCGGUCCCAAGUGUGUUGACUAUGUUCAUGCCACUCUACGUGACAAACAAUCCAAUCCUGCCGUCAUUAUGCUACCUGAAAUCACCACUCUCAUGCGAUCAUGGCUUGUAGAAAGUCAAUCCAGACACGUUUUUGAGCUCGGUGUACCGGAUAAAGGGUUGGUCUCAGAGCCAUUGCUGCUCGAUAGACGACUAUAUCAUGCAGGGAUUGCUACCAAGUCUGUCUUUGCUGUUGACCCUUGGAUGGAAUAUCCAGCAUGGACUCCCGAGGGAGUCUAUCCUGCUGUACGAAUGCUGCCCUGUCGGCUUGAGGAGGUCUUGCAUGGAGUCUACACGGAAACUGUCAAGCCACAAAUGAUCCGAGUCGAUACCCUGAUUUGUCACUACUGCGACCAACGCUUACCGCAUUGGAACGCCGUGGCGAUCAUGCUCCAGCGGUCCAUCCCUCAAGUUACUACAAUGAUAUUGGAAGGAUCGGAUGAAAGCAAUUCCUUGCUGGAUCAGAUUGCCAAAGUCGUUGAGACAGGAGGAGGUGGUCGCCGUUCUGGGGCAUCGUUGGAGAACUGGGAGAUCAUAUCGGAUAUCAGUUUGGACGGGAACAAGAGGUCCAAUGAUUCAUCUAUGAAAGCAGCAAGACGUCUCAUGCUACUGAAAAAGAGACAGCCAGGGACAUCACGGCAAAAAGAGAUGAGGGUGACACCCAACCAGAAGCCUCCUUCAAAGGCGGUUUCCUUCUCAAAAUUCCCGGUAGCAGGGGUCGAUUUAGCACAAACCAACGACGGCUCUUUGAAAGGGAAACAACGGAAGACCCCUCCCUUCCAGUUGUAUGGCUCCUUUGAUCUGGGCCAGAUGAUUGUGGGCAAUGAAACCUGGGACGACCUAGUUCGCUAUCGUCGGGACUUGCAAAGACCAGCCCUUAGCUUUUAUGUUGACAAGGUUGCAAGACGACGUUGGCUGCAGUCUCAGGGGGUGUCAACACCAGAAACUUAUCUCCUCAGAUAUGGUUCCGAAAUCAGCAAGAAAGGAAGCUUGAGGAAAGAAAAGGCCUACCUGAGCCGCUUCUUCUUAAACGCACAACACCGUACCCUGUUGCAAGACUUUGCCGCCAAGCCAACUCAUCUGUCCUGUUCGGCAGGGGUUUGGUUGGCCAAGACAGACCCAGCCACAAACAAAACGCAUAUUAGUCAUGGAACCAAAACUUUCCAAGACACUGGUGGCACAGAUGAUGUUGCCAAUGUGAUGAAUGAAGUUGUAGACAGCUUGGCCAACGACUUGCAUUCGGGUAUUCGCUGUGGGAAGCAGAAAGAGUCCUGGGCACUUGAGAAUGUCAAGCCUGGAAUCAUGGUUGAAGAGAGGUACACAGGUCUGGAAGAGGACAGCGCUGGUGCCGUGGAGUUCAAGGUCUUUACGAUCUGGGGUCGGGUUUGGCUAGCACAGUGGCGACCGGGUGUAAGCAAGAUUCGUGCAUUUAUUAAGCGUGAUGGCACUGCUCUGGCUUGGGAUGGUGGUACCAAACCUGAACAGCAACUUCCCGAGUGGAUCAAUUGGCAGCAUAUCGUAGAGAUGGCAGAAGGGCUAGGCAAACAUAAGGACAUGUUCCGCACUGACAUUUUUGUGGGUAUUCCUGCUGCCAGACAUAGGGAGGACGGUGCACGGAAGGAACAGCUCGAAGCAAAGUAUGUUGUCAAUGAAAAUGAGAUUCACCCAACACCACUGAAAGGCACUGAGAGUGUCUUCCAGGAAGCCGGAAGAUUGUGGCUGGCCGGAUACAAAAUAGGCAACUACAAGGUGAUCCGAGAUCUGGAGGUCCCAGAUGAGUUCGCAAAGACAGGUACUCUGUCUGAUCAUCCAACUUCUUUAAAAAAAGCGUAA